CGUUUCCAACUCGUCCUCUCUACUACCACCAUAGCCACCCAGGUCAUAUCGGCGUCCUGUGGUAUUCACCUUGGUCUCAACUCCUGCUACUGACCUUUACCAUCCGAAACCCAAGUAUGGAUGGUGAUCCCCUCAUGGCGUGGAAGGGGGGCCUGUUCCGCACCCCCGUAUAUCCUGUAGCAAGACAUCCCAGUUUCAAUAAUGCGCCUGUCGCUGAACAUGCACUGGGCGGCCCCAGAGGCGGUCCUGACCAUUCAAAUUACGACGUCUGGCCCACCACCACACUGUGGGCACUGCAACCCCCUCAAGGAGGCAAUGCCUCUCAUGCAUGGGUCGGCCGCAACCCUCCCCCGAAGCGCGGAGCCACACCAGUUCGGCAGGAGUCGAAUGUGAUGCCUAGGCACCCCGCACGUACCAUGCCCGUCGGAAGCAAGCAAUCGAUGAAUGCGGGACGCUCAGCAAUCGACCGUCGUAUUCCUGCCCAGUGGCAGCAUACCGCAGUGCCACAUACAUCAUCUCUCACGCCUACGCCCAUUCAAAAUACAGACGGUGACCCGAGCUCUUGUCAUGGAUCUAGACAGACCGAGCUUGCUGCCGUUCGAGUCGCGCCCGCUCAAGAUCGCGGCGCGGAUUUCAACCCUCAUGAACCCGUCGGGCGCGACUUUGCCCGGCUUCGUUCCGUCUCCCCGAGUGCCUUUGUAACACAGCAGUCCGACGACGAGGACGAUGCGUGGUCCGACUCGUCUGCAGACUCAUCGUGCGACGUGCCGCUGGCACUGCUGUCUGCUCAUACGCAGGCCGAUGCGUCACUACCAGCACCGCAAGUCUACGAGCAGUUACGGGAUGACAAUACUACUCGCCGCGACGCCUCUCCAAGUCCGCGUGCAGCGUCGUCGUCGACUUCAAGCCCGGCCAUCGAACGCAGUCCGGCUCCUUCGCUGCCGGCGAAUGCGAAGAAGAUCCUCGCUUACUGUCCCUGGAGCCUCCGGGAAGCCUAUCUUCUGGUCUUCAUCAUUACGCAGCUCUCUCCGGGACAAAAUGACUGGGAGUCCAUUAGCGACCUGUACAACUAUAUGUUGAUGGGCCCGGACCUCCAUAUCUGGAUGCUCAACACGGCGUACGACUUGCGCGUCCAUGGCGAGCGGCAAGAUGAAUUUUGGGCCCAAUUUUGGAUGCUCAUGUGGGAGAACAAAACCAGGUGGGAUGAUAGCGGGCGGCAUCGGAGCGAGCGAGCGAAGACCUUCCUUCAGAGCGUCAUCGACAAGGCAUAUCGACAAACGCGGCCUCCCGAACGUGGCGACGUCUCUGGGGUCACAUCCAUGCAGCUGCUCUCGUCGGAGCUGGCAGGGAUGGCGCAUCUCUUCAGCGAGGAUCGUUGGUACAACGUGGACUUCGAUGAGUCCUCCCCUCUCCGCUACGACCCAAGCCUCGCCGGGGCGCUGUUGACGUUGACCUGGGCUGGGGUGCCAUCCACCCACGUGGGACAAAGUGCAGCGUUGAGGCCGGCUGCGGUCGAGGCUUUCGCCUGUCUGUAUGGCUUGUUGCCAACGGGACCGCGGUACCCGCUGCGCGCGCCAUGGGAGUGCUGGUAUCGGUGGAAUGUUCGCCUUUGGAAGACAGUGAGCAAGAACGAGGAUUACACGAUCGACCGAUCUGCGGAUGGUGUGAUCAUUAUCCGCCGGGCGGGGACCACGGACACGAACCUCAACGUCAACCCCGAGUUGGCCAAGGCUGCUCGCAACCUUGCGAGUACAGCAUACUCGGGAGUGGCGACCGCCACUGCCGGCGCAGACGCACAGACAAGACGGGCACCGGAUGAAAACGCAAGUGUCCAGCGCAAGGUUCGCUUUGCUGACGUCAAGAACACACCCCAACGGUCGUCGGAACAACAGACGGGUGCCAAAGUUAAGACUCUAGACGGGACGUCGCAGUCCUCCGCCUCCAAAUCCUGCAUGAAGAGUCGGGCGCUGUGUCCAACGGACAUCAGGACAACAACGGGAAAGCAAUGAUCUGUGAAUGUCCCAAGACAGAUCGAGGAGGUUGGACUUGUGCAAGAUUCUCGUGUCGUGAGCAGAUAUUGGAAACGUCACGAAGG